AUGAAAGAAGAGGGAGGUCACAUAGCUGCCUCCCUCUCUGCAGCUGCCUCUAGCAGCCCAAGUGCGAGUCAAGAGAAUGACCAGGCUCAGGCAAACUCGGCGGUUGAUCCUAGCGGGUUCAUUUCCACGAAGCCCCAGAAUGGCAUGCAUGCACGACAAUAUGCAGCAGGCUGCGGUGGCCGGCGCAGAGGAGGGGGAGGCGGGGUCAGAGGCACUUUCCUUAGGGGUCGCAGCAAGAACAGACCUUCCCAAGGAGUUGGUAGUGGUGCCUCGGGUGCUGCCCUCUGCAGCAAAUUCGUAUCACCAGAGGCCGUCCUCAGUGCUGCACGUCAGGUGAAGGACUCUCUCCCCCAGCUUUCUCCCGAGCUCCUUACAAGCCUAAAGGCUAGGGGCCUAGAACCUUGUACACUUAAGGAGGUGCUGGAGGAGAGAGGCAUAGACUGGGCAGCUACCCAGGUGCGGGAUGAUCGGGCAGAGUCGGAACAUGCGCGACUUCUGGAAGCUUUUCAGCGACAGUGUGAGGGUUGGGGGAAUAACCGAGAGGGCUGGGUCCACAGCAAGUGGCACAGCGUUAUUGUCUGCCCUGAUUUCAAACGCGGUGGCCUCCAGGUAUCUCGGUCUUCCAUGCGGGAUAUGUGGAAUAGUAUCAUGUCGGUGGUGCAUGGGUUCGUAGACCCAGACCUCGUGGUAUGCAGGGUCACCGACCCCACUCAUCCCGUGCGCUUCGCAACUCCUCCAGGCGAGAGCUGCUACACCGUCGUGUACGCUGGGAAGGAGCCGAUAAGGGCCUCAAAGGAGAGAAGAAUACUUGGGGAAUACACGGGGCAUGUCCGCGCCGGAAGCACAAACAAACAAAGAUUUGAGUACGUCUUUGACCUGUCAUUCUGCGCGUUGGCCUGGCGCGCGGCGGAGGAAUUCGAGAAGGAUAGUGACUCUUCCGGGGACGAGGGACCCUCUACUACAGAUAAUGCCGCAUCCCCAGUCUCCGUUGAGUCGUCGGGGUCGGGGAAGAAGAAUGGGGUAAAAGAGGACGAUGGAGACACCGCGAAUAAUGAAGGCGUGCGCAGAGUACAAGUUACAGGCUCUUCAAAUAUCGAACGGGUGGCGCUCCCUGUGCGCGGAGAGUUGGUAUUGGAUUCUCAUGAUGCAUGCAACCAAAUGUCGCUUGUCAAUCAUUACGGCACCAUUGGAUUGCUGGGCGAGAAAAUAUGCCACUGCAACACAGAAUGGCAACAGGUGUUUGUGGACGGCUGGCCCCACAUCGUUCUCACAACGAUACCAGGAGUUGCAAUAGAACCAGGGGAAGAAGUGCUGGCUGACUUCGGUUAUGACUGGUUUAAUAGGGUGCAAGAUGCCUCCCAUAAGGCGAUAGCCCGCGAGCUUCUCGACUAUCGAAUUGGCGCUAAAGCCGGCGCCUGUCAGACGCUGGCGCCGGCACGGAACGCAGAGUGCUUAGUGCGGGACAACGACGUGGCGUUGCAGACUCGAGCCCGGAUGGGUGAAGUGUGCCCGUACUGCCACUCAGACGAAAUACCUUUAGUAUCAAGCACCUCCGCGAAGCAUUCUGUGAAGGUUGUAGGCGCUGGCGGCAAGCCGGCAGCUGGGAAGCCGCAGAAGCCGCAAAACCAAGGGCAACAGAAGACUGAGGCAACAGAUGUGACAGGGUAUGGGCAGACACCGUGUACCUGGGGUGAACAGGUCGUGCACUGCGACGGAUGCGACAGACCCUGCCAUCUCCGUUGCAUCUUCGGGGUCCAUGGCGCUGACCGGCAUCAGGACGCGCAACAGCAGGAGCAGCUGCAGCCAGAGCAAGCUACACGGAAUAAGAAUCCACAGCAACGAGACCCACAAAAUCCCCAGAAGGAGCAAGAGCCGCCUCAGGAGCAGUGGCAGGAUGGACAGCAGCAGCCAGAUGGGGUGCUAAAACAUGAGCAACCUGUGCACAUUGACACGUCUGCAUCUAUUCAAGAUCCUCGCAGCCCCCUCAGCCCUUCAGGAGGAUUGAGUGAUGCCUCUGUUGGGACAACAAAAGCAACAGAGCCUGGCCCAAAAUUCGGUGUUGUAAGUGGCGGGGAGACAGUCGAUGACGUAUACCGGUGGUUUGUUGAGGGGGACUGCAAGUGGUUUUGCUGCGUUUGCCGGCUGCAGUGGGAACGAAUGGCCACCGCCAUGAAUUUCUCAGUGGACUGGCAAGCCCGUAAGGUCCUUGGUGAGGGAAACCCGCUGCUUCUACCGUGCGCAGGCGACCCAGGGGCGAGAUGUAUGGUGAUGUCAGAAGCCCAGAAAACACACGCGGAGCAGGCCAACACCCGAUACGCUUCGUACGGCUCAAGUAAUCAAGAUGCGGCUGCUGCAGGUGGCGCGAAACGCAGAGGGUGCGGCAGAGGGACUGGGCUGCGGGCUCAUUCCAAGAGACCGAGGAAGGCCGCUACGGAGUCUCCGUCCCCUCACUUUCACAGCAGGUCCGAGGGUGUUAUUGGUGCAGGCACACAGCACGAAUGCCACCAGGAAAGCUCGUUUUCACCCACAAAGGGAGGGCAUGACUCUCGGCUGGAAACGGGGGGAUCGGUAGCCCCAGGCAGGAACGCUGAUUUAAGCGAUCAUGCAGCAGGGGCAGCAUCCGGUGCUGCAGCACCAUACUUUGUAGAGGGUGAACCUCCUCCCUCUGAUGCACCUAAGAGUACUGGCGAAACCGGUGAAUCCUUGUCAAGCUGUCAAGAGGAUUCCAAGGUGGCAUUGCCGAGUGAAAAGCUCACGAGAGGAAACUCCUUACCGGAAAGCCAGAAGCCGCCCGAAUAUCCUGUAGAGCAAUGCGAUGGAAGAUCGGGGAUUGUGAAGGGUGACGCGGGAGCUGCGCGAUCUCUUCGAACUGUUGGGACCAGUCGGUCGUUGGGAUGCAAAGGAAGCAGCGACGACGCACAGCGGAAUGCAGAACCAACAUGUUCUAGGGGCAGUGACAGGGAUGGCGGUGUUUACAAGAAACAUACUAACGGUGUGGUGAUUGAGGAAGCAAUGCGCGUAUACAGUAACAGUAGCGACAAGAGGCGAAACAGCAAAAUGCAGCCUUGCCCCGUGGCGCUGACCCCUGAUGAGUGUUCAAGCGAAGAGUUGCUGGGUUGCAGGACGGAUAUGCUGGUAGAACCCCGUGCGCUUUUGGGCUCUCUGCAGCCGUGUGUGCAUUGCUACAAGUUGUACGGGGCGAAGGCAAGUGUAGAGGUCUGCAGGCUAACCAAGAGACAUUUGGCAUCUAAUUGGGAUCAUCCGCACUUUGUUUCUCCUGCACAGAUUCAGGAUGCACUUCUCACGUGCUUUCAAGACGCCCUGCUGACAGUGCAGAGAGAGCAUCAACAGAAACUGCAGAGACUUUUCGACAACAUGAGCCCACUGCAGAGGGGGGUCAACAUGAACUCCCUUAUGACCGGAAACAGGCAGUCAAGGAUCCAUGAGAACGCUGCUCGCCGCAGCGCAGAGAACAUGCAGAAGCCGCAAGUUCAUGAAACAGAGACAGUGUGGAAGGGGAGCAUUCCGUUGCUAAGUGUCACAUUGGGAAAGACAAGAGUGGACUACCAGUUUCCGGAUGGCCCUUCAAAGAAGAAGUGGUAUUAUGGAGUCGUGAGCAACUAUCAAGCAAUUUCCAGCAAGGUUGGAGAUGGUGAUACGGAAGGAAGUGGCGAGGGUAGCAAAGAAGACGAAAAGGAGAAGAAAAUUACGUAUUAUACCAAUCAGUUCCGAAUAGAUUACAAUGACGGAGAUUUCCAAACUGUGCCUCCCCACGAACUGAUUGAAAUGCUUAUCGAGACGGGACCUGGCAGCAAACUAGACGGUCGGAAAGCUAUAACAACAACUCCUCUAAUCAAAAUGCUCUCCCCAGAACUUAAACGGGCCAACCGCCAAGUUAACCAGCUUGUCCGCGAGACCAACAAGAAAGGUUGCGCAGCGGACACGGACUCAGAUGACGAAUAA